AUGGUCAGCAACAAGGCAUUCCAUUCUCCAUCUGAUGACAAGGUUGGUUACAGUGAAAUGAAGAGGCUCACCAAACGCAUCAAUGAAGCUCUCUUUAAUGACAAUGAUGAUGCUCUUUCCAACCACAUCUUCAUCCAUCACAACCCAUUCUCCCAGAGUGAGUUGGAUGCAGUCAUGACCUUCAUCAGCAGCCAUGCCAUUGUCACCUCUGUCAAGCACACCAUGGACGCCAUUGAGACAACCACUGAAGACGGUCGCAAGGUCAACAUCACUCUCUUUUUUGGUGGCAUCAGUUUCAACCGCAAGAUCAUGGAAGCCAAGAAGAAGAAAGCUCGAGAGUCUAUCGAAUCAGCUGACUCCACGGACUCUACUUUCGGAGCAUUCGAGGAUGUCACUGGUCAAGGAUUGACGCAAGUGGUUGGUGCGUUCGCUCCUGCCGAUGCUCCUGCCGCUGCUCCUGCCACCGCCGAUGACGACGGCUUUUUGGCGUCUCUCCCGGAAGAUGAGGCCGAUUGGUGA